AUGGCGGAACCCGCUGCCAUAGAAUUUGUGACCGGUCCUCCCAUCGGCCCCCCCAUCACUACUGCAGAGCCCCUGAUUGUGUUCGUUGCUCGUGGCGCUCCCCCUGCCGCACGUAUCGACCCUGACCAACUGAAGUACUACCUUCGCCCCGCCCUGAUUGAGCUCCAGGCAGAGUAUGUGCGCAAGUAUGGGAAGCUGGAAGGCCGUUCCUACUGCUACUGCCCAUUGAUUCAUAAAUCGAUCACCCCUCUGCAGCCUGAUAGUGACUCGUUCGAGUCCUUGACCGACAUACUCGUGUAUGGCCGAACCUACGGCCUCGACAUCAUGUUUGUCUUGAACCACUGGGACUCCAUCACCAGUGACGGACCAACCUUUGCCAAUAUCUUCAAAGGCUUCCCGGAUGUCAAAGUAACUAUUCGCGUGUACGGCACGAUUUCAGUUAACAACAAUUGCGCAUUCUAUGAUCUCGACGCCCACAGAGUCAGCGCUCACUACCAAGGCUUGAUCAGACUGGAAGAUGAGUUUGUUAUUGAUGAUGGACUGCGUUAUGUGGUCAGAGUCGAAGAAGUCCGCACAGUCAGGAUCGGAGUGGAGGAGUCGAUUGGCCUGAUGAUGCAAAUGACCGGCCGACCCGAGUCAGAGCUGCGAGAGAGAAUUCUGUGGAUGCUUUGA